CGGAGCCCGGUAUACACCUCAUCAUCUCUUGAAGACGCCACUACAUGAUGACACCUGCCGAUGAAGACGUUCAGCCACACCGCAGUGACGACGGCACCAAGAUAUGGAACUGCGUCGCCUGUCGUCGGCGUAAACUAAAGUGCGAUCGUCAAGAACCGUGCUCCGGAUGCACCAAGAAUGGCUUAGAAUGCCAUUAUCCAGUCACAGGGCGCAUACCCCGGCGAAGCCGAGCCCCUCCCUCGUGGGAUUCACCUCAUCAGCGGCAAUCCGAAUUGCUACAUAAGUUGACGAGGCUCGAAUCUAUCGUGACAGAACUCUCUGGCCAAGUUGAGGACGGAAAAUUGACCACUUUUAGCUCAGAUGUCACUCCGGAGAGUGGCGCUGAUGUUGUGGAAGAUUUUGGUAACUUGAUUGUGCGCAAAGACGGCAAACUAAAAAUCGAGAGAAAAUUCUGGUCCAUCUUUUGUACAGAGGUGGACAGUAUCUUCCAAGCUCUUCACGAGUCGGCAUCGUCGGAUGGCGAUCCUUCAACCAACAGCGCCAACUCUCUGGAUAUAUCCCUGAAGCAUCAAUAUCUUCAUACUUCACCAAUUGAUCAUGAAUAUAUUGAAAUGCUGAAUUCUAGGCGAGUGGAACUAUGGGACAUAUUCGUCAGCAAUGUCGAUCCAUUCGUCAAAGUUCUCAGCUUGGUCGACACAGCGGCCGCAAUACAUACAGGCGAUAUGCUUUUAACCACCGAGGGUCGUCUUCUUUUUCUAGCUAUAUCGUUCGGUGCGAUGACAUCAAUGACCCCUCAGCAACUAAAUACAAUCUUUCCAACUAAGACAGAUGAAAUACUAUCACAGGUGGCCGGCGAACUUGACGCGCACUUGACGGCUCUUCCGGUCCUAACAGCCACAAACGUUACAAUACUACAAGCCACAACAAUCUAUAUAGCCACUCUGCCAAACGGUUCAUGUUCCGACAAAGGCCCUCCUCUUUCUGCUAUUCUGCUUCAACAAGUAAUGGCGUUCGAGGGUGCUUCCUCUGAGAAGGAACAGGAGCUGGUAUGUCGCCUCAAGUGGCAAUCCCGAUUUCUUGCCACAGCAUACCUGCCAACUGCAUAUCGAUCUAUCUGCAGCUUGAAUUCGCAUAUUACACCCAAAGCACAUGGCAUGGAUUUUGGCGGCACGGCAACUUCGGUAUUGGAUUUGCUACAGACUCGCUGUGAAAUUUGGCGCCUGGCGACACAAGUCUCCCACUGUCCUAAGGACCUACGCGGCAACUUGAAUUUCAUUAAGAAGACGAAAUGGACGAUUGAAGUCAGCGCUUCACAUAGAACGAAGGAAGACUUUGACAGCUUCUUAACCGCGCUAUCCCAGUUCUCGCUUGCAAAAGUUGAACAAGCCGUCUAUUUGUCCUUCCUCGCCCAGUCAAAGGCAAGUAUGGACGAUGACGCCAUCGAAGAUGCAAACUUCAAUUGUUUUGCAUCAUCAUUGGCUGUGCUCGAUAGCGGUUUACGAUUGAUUAACAACCCAGACUGGUCUUCGUGGCGGUGGCAAAUGCACGGCAGCUACCCUUGGUCAUCUAUUGGCACCAUUAGCAACUACUUGACAGGCAAUCCUUGGUCUCCAAUGUCCGAGUGGGCUUGGGUGCUGAUGCAAUCAUUAGUCACGACACUUCCUAGUCAACUGAAAGUAUCGAAAGCACUCUGGGACCCUGUUGAACAAAUGAUAAAUUCGUCUCGGGGAGCCCGCGACCGGGCAAUGGAAAACACCAUGGCUACGUCGAUUGCUACUGGCGAUAUUUUACGCAUGGUAGAAGAUGGGAGUCGGAUAUUUUACAGUGAGGCAAUUGGAAGAUCAUAUCCAAAUGAGUUUCAUAUUGUCUAAAAGUCUGAACCAUUAGGGCCAUUAAUCAACUAUCCAUUUUUGACCCAAGGGCGCAUCGGCUGCGGUAAUGUCGUAGGAGAAAAGUUUGGCUGGCAGGACAUACCAGAAAUCGCCAAUGUCCUCACCAAAACGUUCCAAUGCGAUCCUUUCCAAGUCUGGAUCGCUCGCCAAAGCCUCCUUCAUAAGUUCCAAGAGCAGAGCUUUAAUCUGAGCGUUCUUCGUCUUCCAGGCGUCAGUGUCGUCUGGGGCUAGCAUUGCCAUCUCUGCCGUGAGUACGUGAGACGCAGCCUUUUUCGCAACCUGUCGAACUGCAGUGUACAACGUCACUUCUUCCAUUGGUAGAAUUGAGACCUGAACUGUACGUUCCCUGUGGAUGACAAUGGUAUCACCAAGUGGGUUUCUGACAAGAUCUCUCUGGUUGAGCGUCGAUGCGUUUACAACUUGGCCCAUGCACGCCAAAAACUGCGUUGUAGUUUCAUCAUGAUAGUCCACCAACAAGACGCAACUUCCUGUCUGGAUGCUGCGACUCAAUGGAUUAUUCUGCUCUCUGUCGUAAGCCUUCUUUUCACUCGGAGUCCAGGUCGACAGUUUGUACGACCGGUAUUGAUCAAGCACUCUAUACCAUGUGUUGCGUUCUUCGUGGAAGAAAAAGAUCUCAUCUUCAGAGGGGUACAAUAGAUCUGACCAUGGAUUUAGGCUUUGACCCAGAACAUGUGGUUGGGGUGUCAAGUAGAAGCCCCCAAGCUUGACUUCCAAACCAAAAGGUGUGAGAUGAGCACGCUCAUGCGUUGGCUUGCCUGGUACGGUAGAGCCUAAUGGGAAUCGCGCUACACGAGAUUCAUGUUUCAAAAAGGGAUCAUGGACCAAAGAACUAAGAAAAGUCCUAGGAGCCCAACGGAAACCUAUGAUGUCUAGUGUAUCUUCCAACAACAAGAUUAAGAAUGAUGUAAUAUCUUCUCGAGUUUCGACCAUCAUCUUCCAGAGCGCAGCCAUUCUAGUUUGACUGCCUUCGGGUAUUGCAACCUUUGUCUGAUCAAACCCCAAGAGGGUAGCAAUGCAAAGAGCUUCAUCAGAAGGCAUAGUGACUGUCCGAAAAUUUAGAGCCCGCUGUAGUUGCCACAUGUCUGCAGCAGGUCGUACCCGCACGCCAUCGGUCUCUGGUUGUGAAAAGCACUGCAUUUGAUUGUACUGAGAUGAUUAGCGCAUGGAUUAUAAGCAUGUCGGUAAGAGUGAGUAUACUUCAUCCAUCAUAUCGUUGCAUAUACACAUUAAUCGGACAUCUUGAAGUCCCAUCUGCCAAAGUUUUACUAGGAGGGUAGUCAAAGGAACCGCCUCGCCGUUGAACUGGAUGUAGAGACUCUUCGCCAGAGCAGCUUCUUGCAGGGUCCAAAGUCGCCUAGGCCAUGGUGAACAUCCAAACAGUCGUAUCAGUAGCUCUGCAGGUGCUGUUUCUUGAGGUUUAUACAUUGUUAAAGAUUCAUCAAGUACCAAAACGUGCGUCGCGUUGCGAUAUACAUCUGCAAUCCUUUGUAGCGCAAUCAACUUUGGCCCCAGUGUUACUGGGCAGCAAAGUGUGUCGAUCCAAAAGGCGUAUCGAUUGUCGGGUCGUCUUCCAGUGCUUUGAUUGAUGGCAUCAAUGAGCAUUGCUAAUCUCGCUAAUUGGCACUUUGGGAGUACAUUUCCUCUCGGAUUACCAAGACCGUCGGCCCACACCUACUUUUUUGUGAGCAAAACAUAAUCCCAAGGACUUACAGUUCAACCUACAUGAGACAGGGCAAUAUAUUCGACAUCAGCCGAAUAUGUCUCUACCUGAAUAUCUAGUGAGCCGAGCGACAAGCCAUCAAAUUUCAUCCUCAAAACUGGAAACGAAGAAGUCUUUUGAAGAAUGUCGACAAUCAUAUCAGCAUCAACAAUCGCAUCGCCGCAAGCGCAAUUGGGUUCAACAUGUUUCGGUUUGUAAGUUUCGGUGUCAAUAUAAAACGCUUUGCAGCAAUGAAUAGUACAGGCCGAAUGGUUUCCAUGCGCACGUCCUGUUGAUCGCUGCAUCUGACUCAGAUAGUUGAGAGUGUUGAGGCGCCUAAAUUCGGCUCGCAUGUACUCAAUCUCACUGGGGCACCAGCCUCGUUUAAUCAUGUCGCUUUCAAGCUGACUUCCAGCUUCGAUAAAUUUGUUGUACCAAUUGUACCCAACGGGAGGAAGCUGGAUAGGCGGCUGCAUUAGAUUUGUGCCCACGCGGAGAGAAGUGCUCAGGAUUUCGCCUAAUGAAGCAAUAGAGAACCUAAUCUCAAAUGCUAUGUCGACUUGAAGAUCGCCCAUAAUGCUGCAAACAAUAUGCAAAACAUUUCCAAGAUAGACGAGUCGGUCGUACAGGACGGGGGCCAGUUUGGCUCGUUCCCAAAUCAGGUCCUUCAUACCGAGAAUAGGCAACCCUGUCAAAUAUGUUUGUCCGCCUUGGUGGAUGGUGAAUUGUUGGUGUAUAGAUUCAAUCUCAUUUUUGCGUUGCUGAGCGUCCAGAAACGUCUCUCCGUCUUCCAUUUCAUUCAACGCUAAGAACUCGGCAAUCACGCCAAAAAAGAACCACGUCUGGAGAAACUCUGAGACUUCCGCUCCUCCUGCUGGCUCGUGUAUUCUUUUCAUAGAGGCAGGUGGUAAUCCGAACACUUCUUGUGACCAGGGAAACCAGUCACAUUUAUCUUUGCGAGUAGCAUAAUGGCGAAAGCUCCCGCCAUCCCAGAGGUCGUUGCAUAGGUACAGCGUUUGCUCGCACGGAGCGACUGGAUCAUCCGGGGACCAUAGGAGGUCCAUUUGGAGUUGUCAGGGUUCUAAUUGAGAAACAUUUGGUCCUCGGCUUCAAGCAUAAUGUUGGAGCAGAAUUUCUGGUAGGCCGCGUAGCCAUGGGCGGGGCUUCUGAGGUGAGG